UCAAAGCUGAAUAAGAUGUGUGUAGUAGUUGGCCCAUAGUCACUGCCGUUUUGUAAUCAUGCGUGGACCAGAAUCUCUGUUUGAUACACAAAAAAGAAGCUUGUUGUAGUUGGUGUGUUGGAAUGAAUAGUCAAGGUUUCUCCACAAGUCCAGUGCAUUAUGGGUAGACCAGACAGAAGCAGGAUCCAUUUGGAGACGACAGAGCACAAGAUAAUCUCUAUUCAUGGAGAGAGGAGAUGACAAAAACAUUCUCCCUGUAGACUGGACAUGACAAAAACCUGUUGAAAAUAACCAAGAUCAACUGGAACAAACGACAGCUCCACGUAAAAAAUAAGGUUGUCUUUGUUUAACAAAGCUUCAUUCAAAUGUGGCCUUCGUUAAACCCAAUAGAAAGCAAGGAACAAAGUCCUGACCAACAACCAUUGGCUUUAUCUCAAAUCAAUCAACUAUUUUUGAGCCUCUCUCUGAACACAGCCUCUGAGCACACUAUACGUCUCUGAUUCAUGGCCAUGGCCUCGCACUCAUGUGAUUUGCAAAGAGAAAAUACAUGCUAAACAUUAGUUGGAUUGGUUGAUAUUCCAGGCAUAUCUGUGCGGUACUUAGUAAUAGCCUUGGGGAAAGGGUACUCCCUCCUUGCCACAGGAAUUAUCAGCCUAUUCAGGCGUCAUCAGAUGCCACAGAUGCAAAUCUCUUUUCCCUCCACUGUGAGAGUGUGUCAACAUAGCUACCUGUCAUGGCAGGCAAAGUGAUACCAACCCUACCCAAUGCUGGAGGGGGGGUAAUUCUCAUGGACAGUGAACUCAUGGACUCACUCUCAUUUCUAGAUGUCUUGAGUGCAAGUGAGUUUGAAGGAGAACAAAUCGACCCAGCAGUUGCUUUGGAGACUGAGACAGAUUUUUACAAGGGAACCCCACCUAAAUGGAUGAACUUUUACCUGGCUGAUGAGAGGGCAAACUCUGAUAGCAGUGCCACACCUACAGGAGAAGAAAGGGACAUUGAAUGUAUCAGAAGAGAUGGUUAUGAAAAGCUGAGGGAACUCAUCAAGUUACAGAGACAGGGCAGUUGGAGUGUAAACAGUGUUAAGCUGCUGCACCAGCCAGGCAGCGGAGGAACCACCCUGGCCAUGCAAAUACUCUGGGACCUGAGGAAAGAGCUCAGGUGUGCCAUUCUAGUCGACCCGUCUUCUGACAAGAAAGAUAUGGGCAAACAAGUCCAGAAAGACCCCCUGUCGGACACCAGGAUUAUUGCUAAACAGGUGGUCGAACUUUUUGCCACCGGUGAUCCAGAAAACCAGAAUACAGUGCUUCUUUUGCAGGACAAUGAACACCUGAGGGACCACUUACAGGACUUUCUCAUCAGAGAAAUAACAGAGCAAAAAAUCAGUGCUAAAUUCCCUGUGGUCAUCGUUCUACAAUGCAUACGCUCGACCUGUAUCAUAGACGAUGAGGAGGAUGAGAGUAGAACUGAGGCAGAUUUACUCCUGAAAUCACGUCUUUCUGACAAAGAGAAAACAAGCUUUGUUAGCAAAGAAAAACUAGUACAGAGGCAUCACAGAGAUGAGAUGGGGAAGUUUCACGGCUUUAACAUAAUGCAAAAUAAUUUCAAUGAAGAAUACAUGAGAAAAACAUUUUGUUCAGAAGAGGGAAAAGAAAUCAUCAAAUAUCUUCAGCAAAACAAAGUCUCCCGCAACACCAAACUCUUUGCCUUUUUAGCUCUGGUGAACUCCUAUGUUCCUGGCUCCUACCUCUUACAGUCACAAUGUGAGGCAUUCUUCAGCCAUCAAGACCCCUUUGGUGUGAACUUGUCAUUUGAGAAACGCAUGCAACCUUUCAGUGAUCUCAUAGUCACAUUCUCAAGACAUGGAGGAGAAGACAAGAGAGUCCGCAUAGCACACCCAGUACUUGCACAUCAAUGUGUUCAGUUGCUGGCAGAUGCUGGUAUAGCUAGGAGCUCAGCAACACUGGACUUUCUGCAGUACUUAACCAGACAACAAAUUCAGCCAUCCUUGUUACUGUUCUUCAAAGACAUGUUAACAAAGAGAGAAACAACCUCAAAUGGCCAAGAGAUCUUUUCCAGGUUAAUUCUAGAUAUUGAGAAACAUGAAGGCAUUCCUGAAUGUGCGAAUGUGUUGAAAACUGCAUCAGAAACAUUUAAACAUGACCCGUUCUACCCUCAAUCUCUUGCACGUUUUUACUACAUCAAAAUGUCUGAUUUUACAAGAGCUGAGAUUUGGGCUGAAAAAGCUAAAGAGAGAGUUCCCACCAACUCAUUCAUUGCUGAUACACUGGGACAAGUUCAUAAGAACCAUUUGUAUAAACAAGUCAAUGGCAAAUCAGGUGAAAAAACAGGGACCAGAGAUAUUUUGUUUUGGGCAGAGAAAGCCAUCAAGGCUUUCAAACAAGAGGAGGAGUUAGCUGAAAGGGAAUCAGUGAAUCACAUGGAGGGUGACAGUCCAACGAAAAUGUCUCACACCUUCAACAACAGGGGAAUCUUUGGUUAUCUACAGGUUGCUAACAUUGUUUAUGAUUCCCUCACAAAUCUCAACCCAAGAUGGAGGAAAAUCCUUACCCAGGAAAUAUCAGCUGAACGUCACUCGAUACUGUCAGAGGACAGAAAGCUUAUGAAGUACCAGACUUUCAUCACCAGCCUCAGAGUUGCGGUUGAAAGGAAAUUUUAUAAUUUUUUUGAGAGUUACCUCACUUACUCUGAGCCCAGGAACUGGAAGGACCAGACACCAUACUUUCAGCGAGACAUUGUUGAUUGUUUUUGCAAGUAUACAAGUGCCCCCAGUCCAAAAGAGGACCUACCAUUAAAGACACUCAAAGAAAAAAUGGCCUCUACCUUUCCCGGCCUCUCCACCCUCAAUCGAAAUGCCAACUUGAGUAAAAUCACAGAGCUGUGGAAAAUAAUUAAUAAAGAAAACCCUGACGAUGUUAACACUGCCUGUAAUUACAUCCUGGCCAACAUCCUCCAGACCAAUGGGCCAGUGGCAUCUCCAGAACCCGCAACUCUACCACAACUUAGAGCCAUUCUUCAGAAGUUCAUGGAGAAAGAAAAUACCAAACUUUGGACUCCAGAGUUUUACCUCCUUGUCCUUCUACUAUUUUGGCCCGAGGAGGCAAGAGAGGGCGAUGUCACCAAUGACAUUGAUCUUAACAAGUAUGUUGAGUGCAUGAAACAGGCCUUUGACAACAAAUACAAGAAGUACCUACAAUCUAGGGAACUUGUGCCCUUGUUUUACCUGGGUAAAGGUGCUGGGUUGAAAAGACUUGUUCACAAAUCAAGCAUAGACGACAUCUGUGUGCAUCUGAAAAAAAGGAAAUCAAGGACUCCCAAUAAAACAAGAGGCAGUGCAGAGAUCAGUUGCAUUCAGGAUCACCUUCUUCGUGUCAACGGAGUGGUCAGAGUGCAUAAAGCAUUUGCCCGUAUGGCAGAUAAAGAGAUCGAGAUUUGUCCCCAGAAACAGGCCAGUGUGUGGAAGGAUGGCAACAUCUCAUUUUACCUUGGCUUCAAUAUCAGUGGCCCUCAAGCUUUUGACAUAAAGUACACAAUGCCCACAGUGGGAUCUGGAGGAAAUGUUCAGAAACAAAGGGAUGAUGCCAUUGGAUCAGAGGGAACCAGAAUGGAAGAAUCAAAAACAUUAAAUCGAGGGAUUCCAAAGGGCUUGAAGACUUCUAGCCACAUUCAUACCCCAACUCUUUGGACAGAACCUGGAUUGAAAAACAUCCAUCCACAAUUGACAAAAACCCAUUACAGGCUCCAGUGCCCCCGUGCAGGCCUGUUCCAGUGCAGGUUGACAGGGCUGAUGUUUCUGAUGGAGGGGGAGGGGGAGGUGCUUUACAGGACUGUCCAAUGGGACGACAGUCUCCUGCACUCCACAGGCCGGACACCUGCCGGACCUCUGUUCAGCAUUGAGUGUCCUCGGGGAUCUGUUCGUCAGUUACACCUCCCACACUGUGAGAUUUCCUCUGGGAAAGGCUUUGACUCCUUAUCUGUGGCCCAUGUUACUGGUGACAGUGUGGAAGUUUUGCAGCCAGUCAGGGUGACUGACUCACAUGCGGUGGUGGACAUCACAGACCUUUCCAUUUGGGGCCUGCUAUCCUACAUAUUCCCAUCCUCAGUGAAAGGCCAAGUGUUGCUGUUCCACAAACCACAACUCCGCAAGUCAACUCUGAACGUGCAUUUACUUCCCGUGAACGUGCCUGUCACUGAGGUGGAGAAGCUACAGCGGGCCUGCAGAUACAUUCAGAUCCCCUCCAACUGCCCGCUCACCUGUGGGGAAACAUACAAACUCUGCUGUGAUUCUGCCACGAAAAGCAAGAUACAACCAUUGAAGGAAACGUUUCACAGUGACUACGGCCCCAACCACCACCCCACCUUCCAGGUGUUCCUGGAGGCUGGUACAGAGGAUGUGGAGCUUAGGCUUCUGAAGAGAGGGGAUGAGGAGGUAUGGAUACGCCAAGUGCCACUAACCGAUAUCCCCCCAGAUACUGCAUUGAUUGGUGGGCAGGAGGUCUAUGCUAAGGAUCAGCUGAUGUCUGUGAGGCAGAGGUUUGUGGAAACAGUAUCAGAGUCUAAUAUUAAAAGUCUCCUGGACGGGCUCCUGCAGAAGAAUGUGAUCAAUGAUUGUGAAAUAGAGUCAGUAAAUGUAAACGCUGAGAGGGCAGACAAGGCACGCGCCAUCAUCAAAAUGGUGAUUAACAAAGGAAAUUCGGCAUGUUUGACAAUGAAAACACUUCUGUGUGAAUUAGACCAAUGCUUAUGCUCAGACCUGGGUUUGAGCUAGAACACUGUUGGAGAAUGAGAUAUAUAUACCCAUCUCCCGACAUGAGUCUCUUGGCAAGUUUGUCAUUUCCAAAUUUCAGACUAGAUUUUUUACCUUAUGUAUUAACCUCUACAAAAUGUACUUUAAAUGUCUGUCACGCCCUGGUCUCAGUAUUUUGUGUUUUCUUUAUUAUUUUGGUCAGGCCAGGGUGUGACAUGGGUUAUUUAUGUGGUGUGUUUGGUCUUGGAGUUUUAGUAGGUAUUGGGAUUGUGGUAUAGUGGGGUUGUCUAGAAAAGUCUAUGGUUGGCUGAAGUGGUUCUCAAUCAGACGCAGGUGUUUAUCGUUGUCUCUGAUUGGGAACCAUAUUUAGGCAGCCAUAUUCUUUGAGUGUUUCGUGUUCCUGUCUCAGUGUUAGUUUGCACCAGAUAAGGCUGUUUAGGUUUUCACGGCACGUUUCUUGUUUUGUAUUGGUCGUGUUUAUUAUUUUAUUAAACAUGUAUCAAAAUAACCAUGCUGCAUUUUGGUCCUCCUCUCAUUCACCGGAAGAAAACCUUAACUUCUUCGAUAUAGGGGGCACUCUUUUAAUUUUUGGAUAAAAAAACGUUCCCUUUUAAACAAAAUAUUUUGUCACGAAAAGAUGCUUGACUAUGCAUAUAAUUGACAGCUUUGGAAAGAAAACACUCUGACGUUUCCAAAACUGCAAAGAUAUUAUCUGUGAGUGCCACAGAACUAAUGCUACAGGCGAAACCAAGAUGAAAUUUCAUACAGGAAAUGCCCCAGAUUUUGAAUGCGCUGUGUUCCAAUGUCUCCUUAUAUGGCUGUGAAUGCGCCAGGAAUGAGCCUACACUUUCUGUCGUUUCUCCAAGGUGUCUGCAGCAUUGUGACGUAUUUGUAGGCAUAUCAUUGGAAGAUUGACCAUAAGAGACUACAUUUACCAGGUGUCCGCUUGGUGUCCUCCGUCAAAAUUAUUGCGCAAUCUCCAGCUGCGUCCACUUUUCAUUUGGUUCAGAGGAGAAAGGCAACUGCCACGAAUGAUUUAUCAUCGAAUAGAUAUGUGGAUUGAUUCUAAACAACGUUUUCCAUGUUUCUGUAGAUAUUAUGGAGUUAAUUUGGAAAAAGUUCGGCGUUGUAAUGACUGAAUUUUCAGGGUUUUUUCUUUGCCAAACGUGAUGAACAAAACGGAGCGAUUUCUCCUACACAAAUAAUCUUUUUGGAAAAACUGAACAUUUGCUAUCUAACUGAGAGUCUCAUUGAAAACAUCCAAAGUUCUUCAAAGGUAAAUUAUUUUAUGUGAAUGCUUUUCUUGUUUUUGUGAAAAUGUUGCCUGCUGAAUGCUAGGCUUAAUGCUAUGCUAGCUAUCAAUACUCUGACACAAAUGCUUGUGUAGCUAUGGUUGAAAAGCAUAUUUUGAAAAUCUGAGAUGACAGUGUUGUUAACAAAAGGCUAAGCUUGUGAGCCAAUAUAUUUAUUUCAUUUAAUUUGCGAUUUUCAUGAAUAGUUAACGUUGCGUUAUGCUAAUGAGCUUGAGGCUAUGAUUACGCUCCCGGAUACGGGAUUGCUCGACGCUAGAGGUUAACAAUGUCCAUUUAUAUAUUAAUAUUUAUAUUAAUAUAAUAUGAUAUUUCACAUUUCUUGUUGCUGCAGGAUUAUUUUCCUGCUGUUGGAGACUGGCUCAAAUUAAAAGAGGUUAAGGAUCUGUCCCUUUUUUCCCCCCAAUUUUCGCUUUAAAUGACAUACCCAAAUCUAAUUGAGGGUAGCUCAGGUCCUGAAGCUAAGAUAUGCAUUAUCUUGGUACCAUUUGAAAGGAAACACUUUGAGGUUUGUGGAAAUGUGAAAGGAAUGUAGGAGAAUAUAACACAUUAGAUCUGUUAAAAGAUAAUACAAGAAAAAACCAACAGCUUUUUUGUAUUUUCUUUUGUACCAUCACCUGUGAAAUGCAAGAGAAAGGCCAUAAUGUAUUAUUCUAGCCCAGGUGCAAUUUAGAUUUUGGCCACUAGAUGGCAUCAGUGUGUGUGAAAAGUUUUAGACUGGUCCAAGGAACCAUUGCAUUUCUGUUCCAAAUGUUGUAUCAAGACUGCCCAAAUGUGCCUAAUUUGUUUAUUAAUAAUUUUUCAUGUUCAAAACUGUGUACUCUCCUCAAACAAUAACAUGGUAUUAUUUCACUGUAAUAGCUACUAUAAAUUAGACAGUGCAGUUAGAUUAACAAUAAUUUAAGCUUUCUGCCAAUAUCUGAUAUGUCUAUGUCUUGGGAAAUGUUCUUGUUACUUACAACCUCAUGCUCAUCGCAUUAGCCUACGUUAGCUCAACCGUCCAGCAGGGGACCCACCAAUCCCAAAUAAGUUUUAAGAUCCUACAUCUGUUCACAGAGAUGUCAUCACCCGGACUCGCAGAAUAUCACUUCACAUUCAACACUGUACUGAGAAAAAACUCUUAACAAUAUUAACAUGUUUAAGAUGGCCAAAGUAUACAUUUUUUUUAAGUUGGAACUGUGUAUUGUUGGAAGUGUUUAACAAAAUGUAGAAAUUGUAAACAAUCAACAUGGAAGUUGUUAAAAUGAACAGUUGGUCAUUAGCUGUUUACCAGCUCUUGUGGUAUAUCUGUGCAAGCCAGUGCAUGCUAGCACUAGAGAAACUUGAAAAAUAUUAGUAUCAACAUUGACUCAACACGCGAUUCUGUAAAUAAGAACGUCUGGCUGACAUUUUGUACAUUGUUCAAUUCCAGCCAACCAAAAUGAACCACAUUUAUAAGGAACCAUUGUAUUUUUAUUAAUGUGAAUAUUGAUAAUGUAUUUGAUUUUAUUUUUUACUUAUGUUGGUGAAUUGGAGGCCUGCAUGAAAAUGUUUUUUUAUUUUCUUACAAUAGAUCCUAGUGCUUGAUACACUACGUUUAUGAAUGUUUUCUCACAUGCUGUAAAUUAAAAAUGAUAAAGAAAUGUAA